UUAAGAGGCCACAAACUGGACAACAAACGGACGCAAGAGCACACCAAAGCAUUCCUAGACCUAAAAGCCGCAUUAGUAACGCGCCCGAUCCUACAAGCGCCAAAGUACGAUGGAUCACCAUUCGUUGUCACAUCCGAUGGUUGCCAAGAAGGACUAGCAGCAGUGUUGUCACAACGGACACGCAUGCAAAGACCAUCCGGAAAG